CUUAACCUUAGAAUACAUCGUCUUUGGAAGGUAUCACACGAUGGAGCUUUCCCUGUUUGCGACCUGCCUUUUGAUCACAGUCUCUACCGCUGCAAUCAUCCCAGGCUCAGAUGAAGAAUGGGAAGUUUGGAAGGCCACCCAUGGGAAGAACUACUACAGUCUGUCACAGGAGAUCAUCAGGAGAACCAUCUGGUGGGAGAACAAUAAGAAGAUAGAAGCUCACAAUGCCAAGCACAGAGAUAGCAACCAUACGUUCAAAAUGGCCAUGAAUCACUUUGGAGACUGGACUGCGUUGGAGUUUGGGCAGCUCUUGGCCAACCAGGACUUCGAAAAUGUGAGUGACAAAGUGAACCAGACGUGGAACAUCACAGGAGAAGAGAUCGGUGCCCUGCCCCAGGGCGUCUGCUGGACCUCAGCUGGUUAUGUCACCGAAGUAAAAUACCAGGGUCCAUGCAGCAGCUGCUGGGCUUUCAGUGUGACGGGCUCACUGGAAGGACAACUGUUUAAGAAGACCGGCAAACUGAUCUCACUGAGUGAGCAGAACCUGGUGGACUGUUCGAGGGGUUACGGGUCUAAUGGGUGCAACGGUGGCUGGCCCUCACAGGCCUAUCAGUACAUCAAGGACAACAGGGGAAUUGAAGCCACCGCCACCUAUCCCUAUAUCGCAAAGGAGCACAGCACCUGUAACUAUGAUGGUUCCAACAAAGUGACGUCUAUCUCAGGAUUCAAAGUGCUUCCAUUUGGUAAUGAGGCAGCCUUGGCUAAAGCAGUGGCCGAGAUCGGGCCCAUUGCUGUGGUCAUUGACGCCAGUUUGGCUUCAUUCCAGUUUUACAGCUCAGGUGUUUAUUACGAUGUGGAGUGUAAGAGCAAUAAGUACAAUCAUGCUGUCCUUGUGGUUGGGUACGGAGUUCAGGGAGGGCAGAACUACUGGAAUGUUAAGAACAGUUGGGGAGUGUUUUGGGGAAACAACGGCUAUAUUCGGAUGGCAAAGGACAGGAACAAUCACUGCGCCAUCGCCAGCUAUCCCAUGUAUCCUGAAAUCUAAGUGUUGAUGGUUUCAGAAGACGGUUCUUGGCAGCUUUAACAACUCACCCAUUCACCGAUUGUGUUCAUUGCAAUACAGUGGGGCAGAGAUGUCAACCGUUUGUGUAGUGUUCAUGGGUCAAUCUUUUUAUCCCUGUCGAUGCCUUUACUACCUCACAAUAGCUACCUCUCAUCCUCUCAUGCCCUGAAUAGGACAACAAAUUCAUUAGACACUUCAGGAGAAAAAUCAGGAGCCUAAUAUCUCGUGUUCUCAGGUUUAAGAGUGUUAACCUUAAAAUGUAAGAUUUAGGGGGAUGUUUGGAAAACAGUCUUAAAUUCAGGCUUCAGUUGAAAGCUUAUUUUCUGUAGUUACCAAACCUAUUGGCGCCAA